GAGAAGAGGACAACACGACGAAGCCCUAAACCUUAUACUCUACAUGGCCGCCGCCGCCGCCGCCGCCGCCCCUCAGGCUCCGGCGUCCGCCGCCGCCCCGAACCCCUACAAGCGCAAGAAGCCACCUAAGGGCAAGGGCAACAAGAACAAGAAGAAGAAGCUCGCGCGCUCCGAUGAGCCCGUCCGCCGCCGCAGCAACAAGCCCAGCGCCAAGUUCCUCAAGCUCCUCCGGAAGCGUGCCCGCGACUACAACUCUGACGACGACGACGACGAACGACGGCAACAGAAGGAGCACCCACCAAUUCCCUGCCGCCGACAUGACGACCACGACAAAGAGGCCCUCUCAGAGGACGAGGAGGAGGAGGGGGAUGCCUCGAGCUCCGGAGACGAAUCCGGCGGCGUGACAAGGUUCGAGCAAGGCUGCAGAGCUUUCGGGGUCGCCUUCCUCAAGAUCAUGGCCAAGAAGCUCCCCGACGACCCGCUGGGUCCAAUUCUGUCAGCGCACAAGAAUUUGGUUGCCGCCAAGUUGGCCGAAGAGGUGGAGGAGCACAAGCCCAAGGGGGAGGCUCGGAAGGAGAAGCGUGCGGCAGCGGAGAAGGGCCAUGUCAUACCCAAAGACCACUUGGACAGCAAAGACAAGGAGCUCAUCAAGGUUGCAACCCAAGGGGUUGUCAGGCUGUUCAAUGCGGUGAGCAAGGCACAGAAAACUCGGAAAGAUUUGAACCCAUCAAGGAGUAAAGAUGCCAAAGUUUUAGCAAAAGAAAGGAAAAACACCUUCCUCGCAGAACUGGCGAUCACAUCUCAUCAAGAUAAAAAGAGCCAGGCAUCUUCCAGUUUCUCCAAGCGUACUGGCAAGGAUGAAGAUGAACCAGGGUGGGCACCUCUACGUGACACAUACAUGCUUGGUUCUAAAUUGAAGGACUGGGAUAAAAUUCAGGAUUCUGCUGUAGCGAGUGAGCAAACUAAGGCCGCUUUGGGUGCCUCUUCUGACGACGACGAAUAGACAAAAAAUCUGUUUAGUCGAAGGAGCAUUAGAGAUUGAUUCUGUUCCUGUAUUCUGUGCUACGCAAUUUUGUCUUCUCGACUUCUAAAGUGAAAUCAGUUCUGGAUAUGCAAAAACACCAUCUCUCCUUGUGUGUGUGUGUGUGUGUGUGUUUCUUUUUUUUUUGCAUUGUAUUUGGGCUAAAUAUUUUUUGUUUUGUUUUGUUUUGUUUUGGGAGAAGCAUGUGGUCUAAAUGUAGGUAGGUAAACAAAAGUAGUCCCGCCCUUACAUGUUGCAUUGCAUCCCAUCCCAUGCACGAAGCUUUGGUAGAGAUCACCGGAACUACUGCACUUGAGUAUCUCUGUCCAAGUCUGUGAAUCCUUCACAGAAAAGCCAAAGCUAUCAAAUUCGACAGUGCAAAUUAUUAUCAGUGGCGAAUUGACAAAGACAAGAUUUUUAGCAACUAGAACAUUGCGAAGAUAAACAGGGCAAUUGGAAAAAGGAGAGAUAAAGAUGUGUGGCCAGUGACGGGUAAAGAAAGCCAAUCACCAACAGUAAUGACGCGACGAGAGGAGGGAGAGAGGGAAUGCAAGGCAGCAGUAAUGAUUAGAGUGUUGAAAAGGAGAGUGUUUAAUUGGUUGUAUCUGUUUAGAAAGAUUGGGUUAAGUUUCUAUUUGGUUGAUUAAAUCUGAGGUUGUAUGUGCAAAUAUAAGAGCUGAGAUUCUGAUUGGUUGCUCGUAUGAAGGUGAGUUUGUGACA